GAAUGACUUAUAACCCCCCCCGUUGGUGUGCAAGGGCAAAAGAAGCCCCCUUCUUCGUUGCUCUCCCUCUCAGCCCCUUUUUACUGUCAUGAGCUAUUAUUAGGCUUCUAAUUAUCUGUAUCUUUCCAAUUUUUACAGAAUGACUAAAGUGCCCCUCCUCUUUUUCUUCAGAUUGCACACGACACGGAAGGAGCAACCCGUGCUCGUUCCUUCGCUCCCCAGUCCCCAUACCCGUUCGUGACCGAGCCGCCACAGAGAGCGCCCGCCUCUGCUCCGCCUCGUCGCCCGCCUCUGCUCCGCCUCGUCGCCCGCUGCUGCUCCGCCGUCUCCCCACGCCCGCCGCCCUCCAGGACCUCCUCCAAGAUGUGGACUGGAGAUUGACAUGGGGAUUUGAGGGGUUCUGGAUUGAAAAAGGGGUAUGAUGGAUCUGCAAAGGGAUAUGUCUACGUGUAUGCAUGAAUCUAGCAAAUCCAGUGUGACUAACCUAACCACGGGAGCUACUUCGGCCAAUGAUGGGGACGAAAAUCCUGUUCCUAUUAUUGAUUGGUCUUCUCUUGUGAUUGAACCUACUAAUGAGGGGGACGAAAAUGCUGGGGAGGAAAAGGGGAUACCGGAUGAAAAGCCGGUGGAUGAGCACGCCAUGUUUGCUCUGUUUGGUUUUAAAACAGAGGAGAAUGUGCGAGCUGAUGAUGUGAAGCCAAAUAUUCCUAUUCCUAAUUAUGGCCUACAUGAUUGUGAGGGUGCUGAUAUGUUUGUCGAUGAUAAGGCUCCAAAUGAGCCACUUAUUGUGUGGGACGAACGGCACCCGCAUAUGGAUGUUGGGACGCCAUAUCCUAAUAUGGUUGAAUUUAGAAAGGCCAUAAAACAAUUUGCUAUCAAUGGGGAGUUUGAAUAUGGCACUAAAAAAAAUGAGCCAGAGAGGUUUCGGGCGUUUUGUAAAGGUAAAUCCCAAAAAGAUGAACCUUGCAAAUGGGCCAUAACCGCUAAUUGGCAGCGAGAUGCAAAGUGUGUCAUGGUUGUGAAGCAUCAAACACAACAUAUUUGCAGCUCAACAAGUGGAAAAGUGACAAAUAUGACAUGCCAAUCUUGGGUGGCUGAUAAGGCAAAGGCUAUUCUGAAGAAAGAUCCCACCUUAAGUGUCUGUGAAGUUACUUAA